CCAAAAGCUCGUCCUCCUCCUCCUAUCGCCGUGCUGCACUCGGUCACCCCGUUGCGGUGCGCCAUGUACCGCAGCGACGGCAACGCGUGGUACCCGCCGCCCUCGGGUCAGCAGAACGACGACUCGGCGACCCUGUCAACGAGUGCACCGCCCCCUCUUCCCGAGCCGCCACAGCACCACCACCACUACCAGCACGACAUGCAGUACGCCUACUACGACCAGGGCUACGACCCGCAGCUGUACUACUCGCCCGAGCAGCAGUACGCAGCGCCCGCUGCCGACUCGUCGUUCCCGGCCCCCUCGUCGUUCGCCACCGCGCCGGCUCAGCUCCCCGUCCCUCCUGGGCCCGCGGCCAGCUUCGACCAGUACUCGACCGUGCAGUAUGCGCACGACCGCAUGCACUCGGCCGUCGAGUCGGCGCGGUGGACGGGCGAGUUUGACAGCUCGCCGAGCCUCCAGCCUCAUCAGCAGCACCACCACUACCUCUCGACGACGACGACGACGACGACGAGCUCGUCCCACUCGGCGCUCGGCAGCUACGCGCACGCCUACGCCUCGCAGAGCGGCAGCGGCUCGGACGAGGCGGCCCGCCGUCGCUCGGUCGCCAGCAGCACCGACUCGGGCGACAGCCCUCGCAUUGGCGCUCUCGGCCUUCCUAUCGAGGACGACCCUUCCCUUCCACCGCCCGAGAUCAAGCCGUUCGUCCAGAAGCUGUUCAGCAUGCUCAGCGACCCAGAGCACUACCAGGACGUCAUCUUGUGGAACCACGCCGGCGACGCCUUCUUCGUCGCCCACAACGACCGCUUCAUCAACGAGGUGCUGCCGAACGCGUUCGGGCACUCGAACGUCCACUCUUUCACUCGCCAGCUGAACGUCUACAACUUCCAGCGCAUGAACGUGGCGCAGCUGCGCUCGGCGCUCGACCUCCAGGGCGGCAUCGCCGGCGCCUACUCGGGCUGGUCGCACCCGCAGUUCCGCCGCGGCGACCCCUCGACGCUCGCGCACCUGACGCCGCGCCCGAGCCGCGCACGCCUCAUCCGCAAGCUCGAGAAGCAGUACGGCGGGUCGAGCACGAGCGCUGCGAGCGGCGCUCGCAGCGCCGGGAGCGCGAGCGCGAGUGCGAGCAGUGGGGGUUCGAGCGCGAGUCCGAGCACGGGGCCGAUCAGCCCGAUGUCGUCGGCGACGAAGAGGCUCGCCAACCCGCCGACCCUCACGCCGCACCAUCAUCAGCAGCACCCUCAACAGCGCAUGCAGGCGCCCGCCAGCCAUCCUCACGCUCGCCCGGAUCCUCCAUACCCUUAAAACGCGCCCCUCGACCUCUUUCUCCCCUCUCUCAUUCUCUCUCUCUCUCGGGGUCGUUCGUCGUCAUCUAUCCGUCCAGGGCUCCAGUCUGCGCGCGCACACGACCGUGUUGUCUCUGUCCCUUUCGACCCUUCCUUUCCCUCGCACAAACGCAUACCUUUCUCUCGUUCAUCUAGCUCUCUCCUCUCUCUCUCGUAAGUGCCUAAUGACACUAGUGCCUCCUUUC